AUGAAGUUCAUUAAGGAAGAUAUGAAAGACAAAGAUCCUACCAGUAAAGGAAAUAAGUUCCAUAAAGAAGACAAGCACAUCACAGUGAGAGAUCUGUGGAACCAUUGGAAAAACUCAAAAGUAUAUAAUUGGACAGUGGAUGAAACGACAGACUGGUUAAUUAAUUUUGUGGAGUUGCCACAAUAUGCCAAGGUUUUCCAGGAAAACAACAUUCGAGGAGUUGGCCUACCCAGGUUGGCUGUGAAUGAGAUUCCUUUUAUGGUCUCAAAUUUGAAAAUCACUGACCGGAGUCACAGACAAAAGCUACAACUCAAGGCAUUGGAUGCUGUGUUAUUUGGAGCUCCGAUACGUCCGCGCCACAACUGGUUGAAGGAUUUUAUUCUUGCAGUUUCCAUGGUUGUUGGUAUUGGUGGCUGUUGGUUUGCAUACACACAAAACAGAAACUCUAAAGAACAUAUUGCAAAUAUGAUGAAGGAACUAGACAGUCUGCAUAGAGCUGAGGAAAGCCUGAUGGAAUUUCAAGCAAGACUUCAAAAAGCUCAAGAAGAAAAUCGAACUGUUGAAGUGGAAAAGCAAAAUUUAGAACAAAAAAUGAAAACAGAGAUAAAUGAUGCCAAGCGGGAGGCACAACGUCUGAGGGAACUACGCGAGGGUUCUGAGACUGAGCUCAGCCGGCUCAAAUAUGCAGAAGAGGAGCUUGUACAGGUUCGUGUGGCACUGAAGAAUGCAGAAAAGGAGUUGGAGGUCCGCAGUGCCUGGGCACUGCCAGAAACUCUGCAGAAAUGGUUGCAGCUUACUCAUGAAGUAGAGGUUCAGUAUUACAACAUCAAGAAACAUAGUGCUGAAUUACAACUCCAUGCUGUAAAAGAGGAGGCAGAGAAGAUUAAGAAGAAGCGUAAUACUGUUUUUGGAACAUUCCAUGUGGCACACAGUUCCUCUCUGGAUGAGGUUGAUCACAAAAUCCUGGAAGCAAAACAAGCGUUAUCGGAGGUGACGGCAGCCUUGCGGGAGCGGUUACAUCGCUGGCAGCAGAUUGAGAAGAUUUGUGGUUUUCCAAUUGUGCACAAUUCGGGAAUGCCAAGUCUGACCUCCGUUCUGUACUCUGAGCACAGUUGGGUCGUCAUGCCUCGGGUCUCUGUGCCACCAUAUCCAAUAGCUGGUGGAGUAGAUGACUUGGACGAAGAUACACCACCAAUCAUUCCGCAGUUCCACUCACUAGCUCAUAGUAAACUCAAUUACAAUUUACCAAAAAGCAGCAGUCAAGGACGCACCCGGAGGGCCAAUGUUAUUCCCUCUGGACUUCCGCCUUCCUUGCAAUCCUCCACUCCUGAUAUCUUUGUAACAAAUAGCUAUUCAACCCUUCGUACUGAGGAGGAUGAAGAUGCCAUAUUCUUCACAGCUGACAAGAACUGGGAUACACAGGAAACCGCUUCAGACUGUGACUCCUCUUUUGGGUCUUCAAAUGGAAAGAAGCUGUUUCUCUUAUCAAACUCUGAGGCUCUAAGUGAUGCUUCACGUAAAAUGUCCAAGAACUCCCUGGAUGACUUAUCCCUUGCUGAUUCAUCCGUGCCAUAUGAGCGGGUAGCUACAGCUCCGGAUUCUCUGGGCCCAGCAGAUACCAAGAGUAUGAUUGUGAGCUCGCUGAUGGCCACCAAGCCUGUUCGGAACGGUCUUGAGAAAUCCUACAGCAUGGGACAGCUAUCAGCAGCUCAGGACAGGCGUGUCUUAGAACUUUCCACAUCAAGCGCUCAGAAAAGCAUAACUAAGAGACAAACAGCAUCUCAAGAACUGUCUUCCUGUACAGACAGAGUUAAAAAAACCUCUAAGUUAAAAAAGAUCUUCAAGAAAAUGUCAAAAUAAUAAACGCCAAAGUGUGACAAUGGCGAAGCCUCAUUCAUUGUAACAUCUGUUUACGAAAGCUGCAUUUAGAUGUUACGCAGAGGGCUUUGGUUUCUGCCCGAGUUACAGUUGUAGAAAUUAAUGUUGCACUAUUACUUUCCUGAUGGGGGAAGGUACCUCUGAUUAUAUAGACAAUGUAUAAAUAUUUGUAGAGAAACUAAGCAGAUUCUAUGUUUUUACUGUUACAUGUAGAGCUUUGGUAGGAUUUUUAAGAAUUCAGAUUUCUAAUGACUUAAAAGAGCAGUGGAAUUUCUAACAGCAAGAAAGCAAAUUUUUCUUGUGAAACAAAUUUCUUAAAAGUUUUACAAACUUGCUGUACAAAUGAUUAAAAUGCCUGGCAGCCUC